CACAACGCUGAGCAUUGUGGGUACUGGUAGGAAUACGGCUUGACAGACAUCUCUUACACAGCUGUUGCACUCUGUCUAAUAUCGUGAUAUUUCCUAGGCAUCUGCCCUCGUUAGGGCCUGUAAAGAAGAUCAGCCCAUUGUUUAGUGCAUGUAGAUUGUCGUGGUGUGUGGAAAAUGCGUGCAUUUUAUCAGAAAUGUGAAAAAAAGUGGAAUCCGCAGAGCUACGACUCAUGAAAGGCUGGGUCGCCAAAAUGGCCGAGCGUCAGCCAUCUUUGCGGGCCACGUAACCCCAAAGAAUCUCAAGUGUGAUACGUUCAGCUUCAGUUGUGACAUCAUUUAUAAGACUUUUGUGUUAUUCACAUCGGUUUUGUUGUGAUUAAAGAGAUUUUGUACGGAAAAUUUGGAAUCUUAGAAAAAUUUCGCCGUACCGUAUCCUGUGAUUUCGUCUGUGAAGCCGGUGCAAGAUGAGAGAGCAUAUUGAAGAUAGCGGCUCUGACUCUGAAGAUGAGCGCUCAGGAUCAGGGAGUGGCUCUGACAAUGAUUCAGAAAACAAUGAUGAGAGCAAAUCUGGUUCUGGAAGUGACUCAGGUUCGGCUUCUGGAAGUGGGAGUGGCUCUGGCUCUGGAAGUUCGUCUGAUUCCUCAGACAACGACAACAAUUCUGACUCUGAUAGUGAUAAUAAGCAGUCAGAUGAUGAUGAUGAUGAUGAUGAUGAUGGAGGUGGGAGGGAAGACAAUGAUGAUGAUGAUGAUGAUGAUGAUGAUGAUGAUGAUGAAGAUGAUAAAGAAGAGGAAUAUGAAGAUGAGCAUAAUCGUUCUAGUAGUUCCCGCAGUAGUGAUCGUGCAAAAUCGAAAAAAAGUGGAAAAGAUGUGAAACCGAAUGAAUUGCAGUGGGUGGAGAAUCCUGAUAUCUACGGCAUCAGACGGUCAGGACGAGAACGUAAGGAGCCAGACCGGAUGAAGGUGGAGCAUGAGGACAGAACUAAGAAGCAAAGGAAGAGAAAGACUUCUAGUCACUGGAAUAGUUCUGAGCAGUCGGAGAGUGAGGACUCAGAUUCUGAUGCACCAAAGCCUAAGAAGAAACCUCCUAGUAAAAAGUCUGCAUCCUCAUCCGCAAAAAAGAAGAGUAAGCGUGCCAGGACGAGUAGUGAAGGCAGUGAUAGUGAGGAUGGAGGUAAAAGGCGUGGCUCCAAUAGGGCUGCCAAGGAAGUUAGUUAUAAGGAAGCAGAAAGUGAAGAGGAGGAGGAAGAGGAUGAAAUGGUGGAAGUAGAAUGGACUGAAAAGAAGGAGGAAGAAGAGAAUGUGCAAGUUAUAGAAAAAAUCCUUGAUCACAGACUUGGGAAGAAAGGAGCGGUUGGUAUGCAAACUUACGUUUAUGAAGUUGAGAAAACUGGAGACCCAAACAGCAACUUCGAUCCCAGUGACCCCUCUCAAACAGAGACUCAUUAUCUGGUGAAGUGGAAAGGAUGGGCUCACCUUCACAACACAUGGGAGUCAGAGGAGUCAUUGAAAACACAGAAGUACAAUGCAUUUCAGGUUAAAGGUCUGAAGAAGCUGGAGAACUACUUGAGGAAAGAUGAGGAGAUUCAGAUGUGGCGGCGACAUGCUUCACGCGAAGAAGUGGAAUACAUGGAAAUUCAGUCAGAAUUGGAAAAAGAACUUUAUCAGUCACAUCUCAGGGCAGAGAGAAUUUUUGCUGAAGUUGAGGAGAAUGGUAAUAAGUAUUUUUAUGUUAAGUGGGAGAACUUACCCUAUGCCGAGGCAACUUGGGAACUGCAAACAAUAGCUGAAAGAUAUUCACAACAGCUUGAACACUUCCGGGAGAGAGAGAAGUCAACCCGUACUCCAAAACAGUGCCCAGCAUUGAAACAUAGACCAAAGUUUUCACCUUUAAAAGUUCAGCCAGACUUUCUUGGGGGCGAUAAUACGGAGCUUACGUUGAGGGAUUAUCAAAUGGAUGGAGUCAACUGGUUAAUUCAUGCUUGGUGCAAACAUAAUUCUUCCAUAUUAGCAGAUGAAAUGGGUCUUGGAAAAACUAUCCAGGCCAUUUCCUUUCUAAGCUACCUGUUCCAUACCCAUCAUAUGUAUGGGCCUUUCCUUUUGGUGCUGCCUCUGUCAACUCUUAAUGCUUGGCAGCGAGAGUUUGCAAACUGGGCUCCCGAUAUGAACGUCAUCGUAUACAUUGGAGACCGGGACUCUAGACGCAUUGUUAGAGACUAUGAAUGGACUACACCAAAUAAUCGGUUGAAAUUUAAUGCAGUCCUGACUACUUACGAAAUUCUACUGCGAGAUAAGGAAGAUCUCCGAGAUUCCUGUCAGUGGGCAGUUCUUGCUGUGGAUGAAGCUCAUAGACUUAAAAAUGAGGAGUCACAAUUAUAUCAAGCAUUAAAAGAGUUUCGUACCAACCAUCGGUUGCUGAUCACUGGUACACCUCUGCAGAAUUCUAUGAAAGAGCUUUGGGCCUUGUUGCAUUUCAUUAUGCCUGAAAAGUUUGAUGACUGGGAAUAUUUUGAGUCACAACAUGAUGGAGAUCACAUGAAAAAGGGACUCCAUAGGUUGCACCGUCAGCUUGAACCAUUUCUGCUUCGGAGGGUAAAGAAAGACGUAGAAAAAUCUCUUCCAUCUAAAGUGGAACAAAUUUUACGAGUAGAUAUGAUGAGACAGCAGAAGCAGUACUAUAAGUGGAUACUUACCAAGAAUUAUGACAUGUUAAAAAAAGGUAAUCGGGGAUCAACUUCAUCAUUUGUUAAUAUUGUAAUGGAACUAAAGAAGUGCUGCAAUCAUUGUUUUUUGACAAAACCUCCAGAGGAAGUUCCGCCAUCAGAGUAUCUUCAGCAAUUGUUACGAGGCAGUGGUAAACUAAUGCUCUUGGACAAGUUACUGGUCCGACUCAAAGAAACAGGUCACAGGGUGCUCAUCUUCUCACAAAUGGUCAUGAUGUUGGAUAUCUUAGCUCAGUAUCUUCAGUACCGUAGAUUUCCUUUUCAAAGGUUGGAUGGUUCAAUCAAAGGUGAAGUUCGAAGGCAAGCCCUGGAUCAUUUUAAUGCUGAGGGGUCUAAUGAUUUCUGUUUCCUGCUUUCAACACGUGCAGGUGGCUUAGGCAUCAAUUUAGCAACUGCUGACACAGUUGUUAUCUUUGAUUCUGACUGGAAUCCACAAAAUGAUCUCCAAGCUCAAGCAAGAGCUCAUCGUAUUGGUCAGAAAAAUCAGGUAAACAUUUAUCGCUUGGUAACAAAAAAUAGUAUUGAAGAAAACAUCAUUGAGCGGGCCAAGCAAAAAAUGGUUUUGGAUCACUUGGUUAUUCAGUCUAUGGACACCUCAGGUCGUACUGUGUUCAACAAAAAAAUGUCGAAUUCCAAUUCCACGCCUUUCAAUCGAGACGAACUGAAUGCUAUUCUCAAGUUUGGUGCUGAGGAACUUUUCAAAGAUGACGAUGAAAAUGAGGAAGAACCUUUAUGUGAUAUUGAUGAAAUCCUGAAACGUGCUGAAACUCGUGAUGAAGCCCCAACAUUGGCUGGUGAUGAAUUGCUGUCAGCAUUUAAAGUAGCUUCAUUUAAUCUGGAUGAAGAUGAAGAGGUGUCUAAAUUAGAAUCCAUUACUGAUGAGAACACCAAGGACUGGGAUGAAAUUAUACCUGAGGAUUUCCGUGCCAAGAUUGAGGAAGAAGAAAGACAAAAGGGAAUGGCUGAUUUGUACCUGCCACCUCGCAAGAGGAAAACAGUUAAUCAAACUGGUCAAGAGGAGGAAGCUCCUCGCACCAAGAAAAAACGACAAGACUCGGAAUCAAGUAAUGAUGACACGGAUGAUGAGCGUCCUAAAAAACGUGGACGACCAAGAAUGCACCACAAGGAACAAAUUAAAGGUUUUACUGAUGCUGAGGUGAGAAGAUUUAUAAAGAGCUUCAAGAAAUUUAGUAAUCCACUUCGUCGUCUUGAGACCAUAGCCCAUGAUGCUGAUCUCCGUGAGAAGCCUAUCAAUGACCUGCGUAAAAUUGGUGAAACUUUAAUUGAGCGCUGUCAGGAAGCCAUGAAAGAAGCAGAAAGUCUAAAAGAAAACGAUAAAGCACCAGAGGUUAAUGGUCAGCCAAAGACGAGACGGGAUCGUGGGCCCUCAAUUAAAUUAUCAGGUGUGGCUAUUAAUGCCAAAACAACUUUAGCUGCAAUAGAUGAAUUAGCUCCUUUAGACCAGACAAUCCCUCAUGCGCCUGUGGAGAGGGCAUACUGGACACUACAAAUUAAAAGGGUGAAAGAUGCUCACUGGGAUAUACCAUGGGGUAUACAAGAUGAUUCAAGGUUACUACGAGGUAUCUUUGAGUAUGGAAUGGGUUCCUGGGAACAGAUUAAGGGUGACCCAUCAUUAAGUCUCGAUGAUAAAAUCUUAGUUGGAGGGGACACCAAGCCUCAAGCAAAGCAUCUUGAGAGUCGUGCACAGUACUUGUUGAAGUUGAUAAAAAAACAUAUGGGACUGGGUCCUCCAAAGCAACCAAAGAUUCGCAAAGCAGUAGGAAAGCCAAGGAAAGGUGUGAAAGAGGUCAAAGAGAUUUCGAAGGCUAUUAUAGAAAAUGACGACUCAUCGGAUGACGAUGCAACAAAUACCUCCCAACCUUCUCUCCCGAGCCAAAAGAAGCCUCCCAAGGUGACAGAAGAGGUGAAAGAACACAAAGAACCCAAGGAAGUUAAAGUCAAAGAAGAAAAGGAAGAAACUGAGAAGAGUAAAGUAAAAGAGGAACCACCUAUUACACCAGUGGUUGUGGAAAAGGAAAAGAAAAAGAAGAAAGAAAAGAAAGAGAAGCCCAAACCUGUUCCCAUGCACAUUACUGCAAAUGGAACCAUUCCUCUAGAUGACAGCAGAGAACUGGAUAAAACGCAUCCCUUGUGGGAUGAGUGUAAAGAAAAGAUGAGGCCUAUGAAGAAAGCUCUGAAAACUUUGGACAAUCCCAAUGAAAGUUUAACCCAAGAAGAACAGAUUCAGCAUACAAGGAGGUGUCUGAUACAGAUUGGCGAUCACAUCGAGCGUUGUUUGGAAAGCAUGAAAGACCCAGAUACUGUACGGGAAUGGAAGAGCUUAUUAUGGCAAUUUGUUUCCAAGUUCACUGAGUAUGAUGCUAAGAAACUACAUAAACUAUACAAGAAGAAUAGGAAAAAAGAAGAAAACAAAAAAGAAGGUGAUGACAAGGAUGAUAAGAAGAAAAAUAAACAUGAACACUCGGAUAAAAAAGAGAAGGAUAAAGACAAGCAAGAAAAAGAUCGACAUCAUUCGCAUGACAAACACCAUUCCCACAAGAGACGACCUGAAGAUGGUGGGCCGCAUAGUCCUUCCAAGAAGCCAUAUAAUGGGUGGGCACAGAGGGGAAGAGAAGGUGAAAAAUGGGGUGAUCGGGACAAGAACAGAGAUCGGGAUAGAGAACGAGGGGACAGAGACAGACCCCGUGAUAGAGAUAGGGAUCGAGACCGGGACCGUAACUACCCCAGGAGUCACGGACCAGGAGGCCCAGGUAGAGACUGGCAUGGCAAUCCAGGAGGUCGAGAUUUUAAAGAAAGUCGAUAUCCCCAAGAAUAUGGGAAGAGAGAUGGUGGUCCAGGAGGAUAUCAUCGUGAAGGUUACAGACCUCAUGGUUAUCACAGGGGAGGUGGUUCUGACUGGGGUGGUCGUCCACAUCACAAUAAGCACUCUGGUUAUGGACCUCCAGGCGGCUACCAGCAAGCUCAUUACCCUGCUCCUCAUCCCAGUAAUCCUGGUAUUUAUGCCCCAGCUCCACCAAUGGGUAUGAGGAUGCCUCAUGGAGGACCACAUUUUGGUGGUCAUAGACCUGAUUGGGGUCAAAAGGAUAGACCCCAACAAGAUUGGGGGCAAAAAGAGCGACCCGAUAGACCGAGUUAUCCAAAAGACUAUUCUUAAUGUGUUUCUCUGUGUUGUGCUGCCCUCCCUCUUUGUAAGAGACAUGUUUAAUUUAUUAUGCAUCAGUUUUCAUCCUUGUGGAUAUGUAUGUGUAAUCACAAACUUUAAGUGGACUGCACACCUGAAACAUUCUCAUAGAAAUUGUGCUUCCUAAGUGAUAAUUGUCCAUGCAGACCACAGGAAUGAAAGUGACUGUGUAGUAUUAAGUUAAAUAAUCUUCAGUUAUUUGAAGAGGUCAAAACAUUUCCUAGGGAUGCAUAACUUUUAGGUUAUAGCAUUCAUGAGACAAGUGUCUCUUCUGGCUGUGACUGUACAUAUUAGAUUCUUUGCAAGAUUUUGUUAGUCGGUGAAUGAUUGCAAAAAUAUGCCAGUAUUGGAUUUGUAAACUUUUUGCAGUGUUUAGUUUUGAGGUAGACAUGUAUAGAUGUUUUUAAAGCAAUUUAUUGUCAUUCAUGGAAAUACUGUGUUUCAUUUAGUGAUGUCUUUCCUUUUUAUCAGAAAUUUGUCAACAUAUUUUAAAAAUGCUAAUACCUCAGUUUUUCGUUUUCCUUCAGAGAUUUCAGAGCUUUUUCAGAUAUUUAUUUUUCAUAACAAUUUUGUAAAAUAAUCUUUUUCACAUCAAACUACGAAACUUUAAUCUUUUUAGGUAUAGGUCACUGUUGCAAUUAUUUUUUAUAAUUCAUACCAAUUGUGGAUUUAAUUUUCUCCUAUAAUAAUUUGGACUCAGUGGUAGGGGGAAAUUCAAAGGCAGAAUAAAUACACAUCAGAUGCCAUGUCAUUUACAUAAUUUUUUUAUUUUAUAAAUCCACUUACUAGAUACGCUUUGUUGAGAACUGGCUGUACAGGAAAUUACAUAGGAAGAUUGAAAAGUUUAUAUGGUAUAUAUCACCAACAGAUUUUAAAGUUGUAUGCUGCUUUCAUAUUCUGAGUAUGUACUUAAUUCUUGCUGUGGUCUUUUAUGCCGAAUUCAUAAUAGUCUUCGAGGCGGAUUUUGAAAGUAGAAAUCUAUAGUUAAACUGGUACUACCCCUCAAUAUUUGGGAAGCUGUGCAUUACUUCCCAUUUUUAACAUUUUGCUACAAUCAGGUUAUGGUUUUGUUGUUUUUUUUGGAGUAUUUUCUUCAUCAGACUUCACUUGGUUUGUUGAUAUAAGUGUAUAUUGGUCAUGCAUUGAAUUUAAAAUGGUCUAAGUUAGGUUAUUAACUAGGACUGAGUGGUUAUAGAGGGGUAAAUAGAGUUUUAUGCUUGAAUAAGUGUAGUGUAAUGGUUACCUUUGUACCACUGGAAGGGUGAAAGUGUAUAAAGGCCUUAGCCACUACCAAGUCUUGAAUGCUAGUCUUUGUAUGUUCAUAUAUUUUGUCUACUUCACCCUUAUCUGGUAUAUCUGUAUGGUUGAUGUCUAUUAGACAAACUGUGAAUACUGUCUGUCUUCUAUUUUGCAUUGCUAUUAUUUACUUCAUCAUAUAUUGUUUCUCUGAUAUUUCACCUUCAUAUUUUACUACUCGAGUGUUUUCAUAAAUUUAAAGAAUAUUUUACUUUCCGAUUACUGUCCUUUUCCCUAAUUUUUUGUAACUUGUUUUGCUAGUGUUACAAGCAGUUUCUUCAUCUACUUUGUUCUGAAAUUCACUUGAUGUAGCUGCAAAAGUCAAGAAUGAAAAUGAAAUUACCCUCAAACCUUAUGAAGGCAGCAAGCAUUAUCCAGUUCUGUAAUCAGCUUUUGCAAGGAAAUUGAGAAAAGAAUGCAGAACAGUCUUCCUAGAAAGUGAUGUAAGGUCAACCAUUUUAUGGAUACAACUUUGUGAUGAUGAUUGAUAAUUUAUACCAGUGUAUAUGCACAGCUUUAAAUGUAUUUAGUUACUACAGUAAUCUUUUAAUAAGCCUUGAGCUCUAAAAGCAGGCAUUAUGAUGAUAGGAUAGUAUUAUUGCACCCUGUUCCCCAUAGCUUAUGCAGUCAUCGUACUUCAUGCUUUUACUGUUCUGUUGUUACCCUCUGUGCAUGUAAGAAGAUGACAAAGCUGUUGUGAAUGUAUGCAUUGGUAAAGGUAGAGCUCAUACAAGGCCUUUUGAUCACAAACUGGUCUGAAGUCCAGGUCUGCUUUUAAUCGUGACAUUUAUUGACCUCAUCCCUUUCUGUGUUAAUGUAUCUACAUAAAUAUACCUUGAAGCCUUAAAUCCAGGUCUUCUUGUUUUUAUAACAGAUUAGUUGACCUCAUCCCUUUCUGCUUGUUAUGUUUUUACAUACUUUGAAGUUAUUAAAACUUUUUGUCAUUAAUAAUUCAAUUUACAAUUCCAGUUCAUCACUCUCUUCCUUAAGUCUUUGCAAAUUCUGUUUGCUUCUUCCUUGCUCUCCUGUAUAUUUUGCAUUUGUUUGAAAUUACACGUAGCUGAAUGUAAAAAACAAAUUCCUCAUGACCUUGAAAAAAAAAUAGGAGCAAUUGAUGUGACAGUGCCACUCCUUCACUCAGACAUAAGUGCUACUUUUCUUUUACCUGUUCAUAAUUGGUGUUUUUAAGUGCUUGUGUAAGUGGUAGGUUGCUCUUGUUCCAUGAUUAAGAAAUUUUUGUCAACUCUAAACUGAACACUGUAUCUUGAUUGUGAUAUACUCGCUUUAUAAAAAUGUGAUAUACUUGAAUAGGGUUAGUUGUACGUAAGUCUGAAAAAUAAUUGAACUUGUGAUAUUGUCAUCAUUUUCAUUAUGAAAGUGUGAUAAUUAUUAACUUCAGUGAAUAGUUCCAUGAUUGACUUCAUUUUGUCAUAGAGAGGAAAUGAUGCUUGUCUUGGAAACACAUCACUCAUGAAAUGCACCAGCUGGAGUAGAUGAUAUGCAUCAAAUUAACGUAAAGAUGUAAUCUUUUUAUUAUUAUUGUAAAGGUGUACAGUAUUUUCAUUUAAUUUCUAUUUCCCAGUAUUUUUCCAAUUCAAUAAGAUGAUUUACAGCCGCUUUCAUCUCUUAUAUCUUAUGUCAUACACUGCAAAUUGUUGAAUUGUAACUACCGAAAUUAAGUCUGUAAAGUUUUGUGCAUAGCUGUUGUGGUUGUGCUUCAACUACAUAAUUUGAUUUACAAAGACUUUCUUUUAAAGGAAAGGCAUGUAAGAAUGGAAUGAUAAUAUCUACCUCCAGAAAAAAUAACUAUGAAUGUCUUCAUGUUUUUCUUAAUGUUAUUUCGAAUCACCAACAACUCUGUUGCCAUGUUAUGUUUGAAUAGAAGUCAAAAGAAAUGGAACCUUAAUGAAACUGGAAAUUAUGCCAUUUUACAGCUUUAUUUUGAAGCCUCAUUCGGAUAAAACCUUUUCCUUCCUAAAACCAUAAUGGACAUAUGCCACUACUUUGUGUCAUUAUGAGGUGAAUUUGCGUUCUUUAUGUAAUCCUUUAUAUUUUUUUAUAUUUACAAUAUUUCUAAAUACUUUUACUCCUUAAUCCUAAAUCAUUUGAGCACUAUUUAUGCCAUGGUUUUAAUAUAUAGUGAAUUGGCUUGUUGGUAACAUAAAAUUGUUAAAUUUGUUCAUGGCUAGCAGUGUGGCUUUUGAAGCCUAUUUUUCCUUAAUGCCUUUUUCAUUGUUUCCAUUGAUCAUAUACAUUACAUUGCUUUUCAUCUCUUAUUUUGACCUCGUAAAUUUUUUAAUUUGUGGAUAUGUAUUUUUCCUUUGUAAUUGUUAGUAAUAGCUUAAGAGUCUCAUGAAAUUCUCUUUCGUUGAUCUUCAUUUUGCUUUUCUGUUUUUGUGGUAAGUAUAGUUUUCAAUACCUCAUUUGUUUCAUCUUUGGUUUACAAGUUCUGGCAUAGUGAGUGAGGUCUGUAUCAUACAGUUUUUUGUUACAAAUUGAGUGAAUGAAUGCAAAACCCCAACCUGUAAACUCAGAGUAUUUUUUUACAGUUUAAUGUGAUAUUUGUAUAUACAGUAUAUAUAUGUGUGUGUAAAUAUAAAAGAAUGAUCUUAGCAUAAUGCAAUUAGAUGGAUACACUAACAUAACAUUUCUUUUAUUUUUUCCUGGCCAUAUUUCAGGAAGUUUGACCUAUGAUAAAAAAAAACCUGUAGUUCCAUGUACGUUUUGUCCAAGUGAGUAUUAUAUGCAACACUGGUAGUUAUGAUAUAUGCUAGGAAAAAAUUGAGGAAAUUAGAAAUGUAAUUGUAUACAUUUGUAAAGUAAAUAUCUGCUAAGAUAUACAGUUAUGUAUAAAAUAUGGCUAUUUGGCAAUAAAUAUGGAAAUAAGAA